GCUAGAUUACUAGCAAUUUCCAUUCAUUUGUGUAUUCCACCAAAUCUUUUUCCAAGUUCUCAUCUUUCUCCUCUUCAAAAUUUGCUUCAUAUUCACUUUCUAUCUCCUUUGAUGAUUCGCAAAUAGUCAUCACACUCUUGUUUGAACAUUUAGCUACAAUAUACCCAAGGCCAAGAAACUUAAGCAUUUAGUGUCUCGAGCUCACUUUGGAGGAUUAGGAUCUUCCACCUUUUCCUUACCUUUGACUAAGUCUAUCAGUGGCUUACUAGAACCUCCUUUCUUCAUUUACCUCACGUCCCUAUAUGAAACAACCCAUAGGGGUAUGUAAGUUGAAUUUCCCCUUUGUUCCUAAACUGCCGAGAGCUAUUGGAUUUGUUUAUGCCUCGUUUAAGCUACUUUUCCACCUUUACAGCCAAUUUAAUGAAAUUCUCUAAAAAUACGAAAGGCUACAACUCCACUUUUCAUACAAUUGCUGAAUUCAAUCCCUUUAGGAACCAUGCUAUGGUUUACUCUUAAGGUUCACACAACUCACACCUCAUCAUCAUCAUCAUCAUCUCAAAUUCCUUGACAUAAUCUUUAACACACAUACCACCUAUCAAAAACUUUUUAGCAUGAUGUACAGCUCUUGCUGAUAAUAUUUAGGAACAAAGUUUUUGCAUCAACCAUUUCAUAUCCCUCAAAUUGCAGAUCUCAUCUUUGCCAUCACUCCUUUAUUAGCUUUUCACAUUCUCCCACCAUAAAUUAGCACAAUUCGUAAAUUCAAGGGUAGCAAGUUUACAUUUUUUCACCUCGAAAUAGUCCUAGCACUCAAACAACUUUUCCACACGCUACACCCACUCCAAGUGUUCUUCUGCCACACCAUCUACUCUGAACUUGUCAACGUCUUCUACAUGAUCAUAGAUCGCAUUCGAUAAGAGGACAAAAGAGAGAAAGGGGGGUAAAUCAUUGGUAUGGGUUCCACAAGCACGUGGUUUAGUCGAUAUUGUCGUGUUUUUUUAAGAAGGUUAGUAGAUAUUGUUGAAGGAAAUAAAAGAAGAAUGGUGAAAAGACUUACUCACGCGGUCUUCCCAUUUCGCGACAAAUCCCCCCAUUACUCUCAUUUGCUUACUGUUGCGUUAUCCCAAUGCCAAUGCCUCUUCCCUCUUCACUCCUCAGAUCAAUUAUCUUCUAAAAGAUCUUAGAUCUCUCAAAUUCAAUCCUUAAUCGAAAUGAAGCUACCAGACACCAACCCACCCACCCACUAAAUCAAAAGAAGCAAAAACCAAACCAAACACUCUUCUUUUUGGCUAACAACACCAAAACCAAAUGGCCACCAUUAACGAUAUCCCCGACGUUAUUUUAUCCAACAUCUUUUCUUCGAUUUCCGACACCCGAACCCGGAAUUCCCUUUCACUCGUCAGCCGUAAGUUUAUGCUUCUAGAAAGGGCCACGCGCGUCUCCCUCACGCUCCGUGGUAACGCAAGGGACCUUUUCAUGAUCCCGACCUGUUUCAGAUCCGUCACUGACUUGGACCUCUCCUUGCUCUCCCCCUGGGGUCACUUGCUGUUCUCCUCUUCUCCGUUGUCUGAUCCUCAGAUUUUGGCCCACCGCCUCCGCGUGGUGUUCCCUGCGGUGAAGUCCUUGACGGUGUACGCUAGAUCGCCGUCGACGAUUGAGAUGUUGGUUCAACAAUGGCCUGGGUUGAAGCGUGUGAAGCUGGUGAGGUGGCAUCAACGGCUCGCCCAGUGGCCAACCGGAGAAGAUUUUUGUUGUUUGUUUGAGCAGUGCGAGAAUCUGAGUUCGCUUGAUUUGUCCAGUUUUUAUUACUGGACUGAAGAUCUCCCACCGGUUCUUCAAGCUUUCCCCAAGGUAUCAGCCUCGUUAGUCCACUUGAAUUUGCUAACGACAUCGUUUGCUGAAGGGUUUAAGUCAGAGGAUAUUAAGGGAAUCACCGAGCCUUGUCCUAACUUGAAGAGCUUUUUGGUGGCUUGUAACUUUGAUCCUAGGUGUAUUGGGUCCGUGGGAGACGAGGCUUUGUUAGCUGUGGCCAAUAAUUGUCCUAAAUUGACGCUUUUGCAUUUGGCUGAUACGUCCCCAUUCGCUGAUGUUAGAGGUGAUCCUGACAAUGAAGGAUUUACUUCUGAGGAUGCUAUGAUUACCACAGGGACGCUGCUGGAGUUUUUCUCUGGGUUGCCGUUGCUUCAACAGCUGGUGCUUGAUGUCUGUAGGAACGUGAGGGAUACUGCGUUGGCUUUGGAAUUGUUGAAUUCUAAAUGCAAGGAUUUGAGGGUGCUUAAGUUGGGGCAGUUUCAUGGGAUUUGUCUGGCGAUUGAGUCUCGACUUGAUGGGAUUGCCAUGUGUUCGGGGCUGGAAGAGUUGUCUAUUAAGAAUUCUGGGGAUUUGACGGAUAUGGGAUUGAUUGCAAUUGGCAGAGGCUGUUGUAAGCUAUCUAGGUUUGAGGUUCAAGGUUGUAAAAGGAUUACGGAGAAGGGACUCAGGACUAUGGUUUGCUUGCUGAGAAAUACUUUGGUUGAAGUCAAGAUUUCUUCUUGUAAGAAUCUUAAUGCUGCAGCAUCAUUGAGAGCUGUCGAGCCAAUAUGUGAUCGGAUUAAAUGGCUGCAUAUUGAUUGUGUCUGGGAUGGAUUGGAAGGGACUGGGAAUUCAGAGCAGGUUGGUCAUAGUUUUGGGAACAAUCAUCAAGUGGAGGAACUAUCCGGUUUAUCCAACUUUCCUGGAUGUGAGUAUGAUCAAGACAUAAGCAGGAAGAAAUGCAAGUACUCCAUUGACUUGUGUGAUAAUAACGUUAUGGAAAGGAAUGCCGUCGAUGCAUUUUGGUUCAAGAAAUGGGACAAGUUGCAAUACCUUUCUCUUUGGAUUGGUGUUGGUGAGCUUCUCAAUCCAUUGGCAACGGUAGGUCUUGAUGACUGUCCCAAUUUGGAAGAGAUUAGAAUAAGAGUGGAAGGGGAUUGCAGGGGACGCCACAAGCCAUCUGAACGUGCAUUCGGAUUGAGCUGUCUUGCACUCUACCCUCUGCUUUCAAAGAUGCAAUUAGAUUGCGGUGAAACCAUAGGCUAUGCACUCACAGCACCGUCAGGCCAAAUGGACUUAAGUUUGUGGGAAAGAUUUUACCUCAAUGGCAUUGGGAAAUUGAGGCUACGUGAACUGGAUUAUUGGCCUCCACAAGACAGGGAUGUCAACCAGAGGAGUCUUUCUCUACCUGCAGCUGGAUUGCUCGCAGAAUGUCUUGAGCUUAGGAAGCUAUUUAUCCACGGGACGGCUCAUGAACACUUCAUGAUGUUCCUUCCUAGAAUCCCCAACCUUAGAGAUGUACAGCUGAGAGAAGACUACUAUCCUGCACCAGAGAAUGAUAUGAGUACGGAAAUGAGAGCUGGCUCAUGUAGUCGCUUUGAAGAUGCCCUGAAUGGUCGACCCAUCCUUGAUUGAAAUAACCUAAUGAUGAGAAACCUAGCCCGGAUUAUGCUAGUUUUUUUUUUUUCCUUACGUUUUUCCCAUAAAUUGGCGCAUGUACGAGUUUUUCUUUUUUCAAACGAGUGCUGUAGGAGAAAAUGUUUUACUAGUACAAAGGCUUUUCAUUUUUGUCCGUCACGGACCAGAAGCAAGGCCUAAUGUGAUUGAACAAAAAAAAAAGAGGCUUUUCACAUUUGGACAUUCAAUAAAAAUUUUUAAAAUGAUUGGAAAAA